UAAGACGGGAAAAUCCACAAAAAUAUGUAGUGAAUGUCAAAAAAAAAUUUUACAAACUUAUCAUGCUACGAAGUUUACUUCAUGAUCAAAACCUUAUCGAACCUGAAGAAAUGAAAAAAAAUUUAUUUAAGUCUAUUCUUGAAGUUGGAAAUAAUGAAUUUAUUGAAAAUGAAAAUUCUGGUAUAGAGUUUUCAUGUAAAGUGUCUACUAUUUCCUUAAAAAGUGAACCUCAUGAACUUGAAAAAGCAAUUGCCAAAAUAGUAGGAUCUCUAAUGGAUACUAUUACAUGUAA